UGUUUCCAUCAUAUAUAAACGUAUUUUGCAAACAAUGUAAGCCAAGAAUAGAAUGUGUCACCUCAAUCUGGUAUCCAGAAUUCAUGUAGUUAGAACCACUUGUGUCUUGCCAUAGCACCAGGGUUUUGUCCCAGGUGUAUAUUUCUUACUUCUUAGUUGUGUUUCACAAGUUUAUAAUGAGAUGUUAGAGCAAGGCAAUUAAGAAUAGUUAGUCAUGGAAGCUUCUUUGUGAGGAAAAGCCCCCAACCAUUAUUACCAAAUAAUCCUCCUCCUCAGUGCCAACCUGAAUAACUUUGCAGUUUGCUAGCAGUAGAUAACAUCUCAUCAUCUGGCUGUGGGCAAUUGCUAUGGCCAUGUGAGUAGGUUUUCCACCCAUCACCCAUAAUCACAAGUGUGCACUGCACACCACGUGUUCGACGAAAUUCCUCUGUGAAUUAUCUCUGCCCUGCUGCUGGUGGAAGUAGGUUGGAGAUAAUGGAUUGCAUGGUCUUUGGUAUGAUUCCCAUUUUGUGUCCGCAGAAUUUUGCAAGGAAUGAUAGGGUGGCUUUCAUGGUGCAUCCUAGUAGUACAAGGAGAAGAAGCCUGCCCAAGAACCUUCGCUAUCCGCGGCAAGCAAAGCUUCCUCCUGAUCUCGGAGUCAACCAAUUCUUGAACAAGACAAGCAAUGAUGCCAGUGAGCCAGAGUUCCCUGAAGAAGAAGAAGAAGAAGAAGAAAAGUAUACUGAAGAUGGCGACAUUGUUUGGGAAUCGGAUGAAAUUGAAGCUAUUCAGUCACUUUUCCAAGGGAGAAUACCCCAAAAGCCGGGGAGUUUGAAUAGGCAGAGGCCUCUACCACUCCCACUUCCUUACAAGGUUCGACCUUCGAGACUUCCAUCACCCAAGAAAAAUGCUGUUAAGAUUGGACCAAUGUCUAAGCAAGUGUACAAGAACCCCAAUGCCCUUGUUGGUUUGGCAAGGGAAAUUAGAAGCCUUGCAGCGGAUAAAGAUGUGAGCAUAGUUCUCAACAAGAGGGUUCACUUUCUGCGAAAAGGGUCUCUCUCCAUGACAAUUCGGGAAUUGGGUCACAUGGGGCUUCCUGAGAGGGCUCUGCAGACCUUCUGUUGGGCUCAGGAACAGCCACAGCUGUACCCUGAUGACCGGAUUUUGAGUUCGACAGUUGAGGUCCUGGCAAGGAACCAUGAGCUGAAACUGCCAUUUAAUUUGGACAAGUUCACUAGUUCCGCGAGUCGUGGUGUGAUUGAGGCAAUGGCGAGAGGUUUCAUUAAAGGAGGAAGCUUGCAUCUAGCUUGGAAGCUAGUAUCGGUAGCCAAGGAUAAUCAAAGGAAGCUGGAUCCCAGCUUGUACGCCAAGCUAAUAGUAGAGUUUGGGAAAAAUCCUGAUAAACAUAUGGUUGUAAUGACCUUACUGGAGGAGCUUGGAGAAAGAGAAGACUUGAGUUUAAGCCAACAGGACUGUACUGCUAUUAUGAAAGUAUGCAUUAGGCUUGGAAAAUUUGAAGUGGUCGAGAGUGUUUAUGAUUGGUUUAGACAAUCUGGACACGAUCCAACUGUCGUUAUUUACACAACUUUGAUUCACAGCCGCUACUCUGAGAAGAGAUACAGGGAGGCCUUGGCUGUGGUUUGGGAAAUGGAGGCUUCAAAUUGUCUCUUUGACUUUCCAGCUUAUCGAGUUGUAAUAAAACUUUUUGUUGCUCUGAAUGAUCUUGCAAGGGCUGCAAGAUAUUUUUCAAAACUUAAAGAAGCAGGUUUUACCCCAACAUAUGACGUAUACCGGGAUUUGAUCAGAAUUUACAUGGUUUCUGGGCGGCUAGCCAAGUGUAGAGAGAUUUGCAAGGAGGUAGAGAUGGGAGGACUGAAGUUGGAUCAAGAAACAAUGUCUCAUUUGUUGCAAUUAGAAAGAGAGAAAAAGUUUGGUAUUUAAAAAGUCCACUUUUCUGUCGUAACUUGUAUUACUAAUUACUCAUUACUUAAUGUUGGAUGAUAUGAUUCCAAUAUUGGAUGGAUUCCAUCAGCUUACUGACUUCA